UGGUCGCUAUUCUUUACUGAGCGUCCAGGCCAUUUUCCGUUAUGAGAAACUCACUUUCUUAAUAAUUGAAUCAUUACUUUUGUACCUUGCUCGGCGCUCAGCUGUAACAAUGCCGCAUCAGCAGUCAUCAUCGCCUAAUAGCCCCCCGUUGCCGUCAUCCGACGGUGAUCGUCAGGGACCACGACGCUCUUCCAGCCAUAGGCUCGUCAUGCUGCCUCGGACCAAUUCACACAAUGGCAGCAGCGAGGAGAGAAAAAAUCCAGACAUCAAGAUACCCAAAAUACAGCCCGUUGAGCAAGGAGAGCCGCUCGCCGAACUCGCCCAGGGCUUAGUGGGCAAGUUUAUCGACGAGUUCGGCAACAUCCUGGACUGGGAUGGUACGGUGCUGGGGUCUGUGGAGGGCGAUCUUCCUGCCAUGGUGGGACGGCCUGUGUCCGAAUCUGGGGAGAUUUUUGACAACGCCGGAGAAGUGGUGGGAUAUGUAUCCGAGAACCAUACGAGGCCGAAGCUUAAGGAUCUAGAGGGAGGUUUGAGGAUAGAUGGCGAUGGUAACAUCUACAAUAAAGAUGGCAAGGUAGUUGGCAAGAUGAACGGCCCGUCAACAGAGGAGGGAGAAGGAGGAUCUGGGCAGCAGCACAAGGCGAAUGAGGGCGGAAAAUCUCAAGAUGCCGGCAAAGAGAACGAUGCAACGCCAGGCCCUUCAGAGGUGUAUUUGGAUGUCAAAUCAACACACGACGGCAUCCAACUGAUUAUCAAGAUACCCACGGUUUUUAAAAAAGGAAACUAAGACGCAUCCUAAGAUACCUCUUUCACUGGUAAUACAAAGCGUAGUAGGAUCAGGGGCAGUUCAGGCGUUGGGCUCAAUACUGGUCUGGGAAUCUGGUGAUAGCAUCAUUUUUACAAAAUAUAGAGUAAUUGCAGUUUCACGGGCUUUACACAAAUUCCCUUCCUUAGCUUUGAUAGCUCGAGAUAUCAUCGUCAUAGCCAAGCCAUCGACAGUACAACAAUUAAUCUCCGGCAACGCUAAUCAAGGGGUGCAUCGUCUUCACAGCCACACUUGUUUUAUUCAUACUCCCCUAUCAGAAACCUGUUUGGACAUAGAAAUCCAGCGCCACAUGAUAAAUGAAUACGACACCUUCUCAUU